AUGGUUUUCAUCCCACAUAACAAGGUGCUAUUGUUGCUAUCGUUGCAUAUAUGCGUGCUAAUCCAAGUCCCCCUUCCUUGUACAGACCGAAUUCGAGGCUGGGCGAGGGCCAAGGCCCAUGGGAAGAACAACCUCAUCACUUCCGAUCGACGUUCCGCCAAUCCAACUGCACGCACCUCGACUGGACUUUCUCAGGCUGGCAGUCCCCGUCCGUUCCAGAAACAGACCGGCAGCAGCAGCCAAAACAAUGAUGCCUCUGUCGAGGGCACCGGCCAUGUCUCGCCCGCCGAGGGCGAGAAGCCUCAGCGCGAGAAGAAGAACGUCAUGACCCGCUUCUUUGCCGUCAUCUGGAACGUCCUCACUUCCAGCUGGAUCAAUGUUCUCCUGGUCUUUGUGCCCGUGGGCAUUGCCGCCCAUUUUGCGAACAUGAGUCAGGGCAUCAUCUUCGCUAUGAACGCCAUCGCCAUUGUUCCCCUGGCUGGUCUGCUCGCGCAUGCUACCGAGAGCGUCUCCAAGAAGCUGGGCGAUACGAUUGGUGCCCUCAUGAACGUUACCUUUGGUAAUGCUGUGGAGCUGAUUAUCUUCAUCAUCGCCCUGGUCAAAAACGAGAUCCGCAUCGUUCAGGCCUCCCUGCUGGGCUCCAUCCUGUCCAACCUCCUCUUGAUUCUCGGCAUGUGUUUCGUGCUCGGAGGUCUCCGCUUCCGCGAGCAGAUCUAUAACAGCACCGUCACUCAGAUGAGCGCAUGCCUCCUCAGUCUCAGCGUCAUCAGCCUCCUGCUGCCCACCGCUUUCCACGCCUCCUUCAGCAGCAGCGACGAGGCCGACAGCCAGGUCCUCAAGGUCAGCCGUGGCACCAGCGUCAUCCUGCUCAUCGUCUACUUCCUGUACCUCAUCUUCCAGCUGAACUCGCACGCGUACAUGUAUGAGUCGACCCCACAGCACGUCAUCGACGCUGAGUCUGUCCCUGGCCCCGCUGCACACUACUUUGAUUCCUCCUCCAGCUCCGAGUCGGACUCGUCCUCCUCCGACUCCGACUCGUCUGGUCACUCAUUCUCUACGGCACGCCGGAUCAAGCGGGCCAUCAAGAAGGGUAAGAGGAGCCGCAAGCAGAGCGUCGUCUCGGCUGACGCUGAGAAGCCAAUCAAUCUCUCCAACCCCGCUUCUCCUGCUGCUGCUGAGCCCUCGCUGGACGCGGUGGAGAGGACCACCAGCGAGCCUGCAGCGUCUUCGAGCUCCGACCCUGUCACCUCGCGGCUUACCCAGGAAGCGGUCGAGGCUCUCCCUAAGUCGGGUGAGAAGAAAAAGAAGAAGAGAAAGCACCACGAAAAGCACCAUCACGGCGAAGCUCAGCAGGAUGAGGAGGGCAGCCCAUCUGUGCCAGCUGGCCUUCCUCAGGGGGUGGUGGAUGGCGCUGAUGACUCCAACACUAAGCGUGUGGACUUUGCUCUGGCCCCAGACCUGGAGGCGCAGCCCACCACUACCAAACCCAAGCCGUUCUCCCUCCGAACUCUGCGCCCUAACCUGCCAAAGAACUUCUCCCAGAACGUCUUCAACCCCGUGCCUGCCCCCCAGCCCCAGCCUGUAAAUGGCCAGCAACCCCCUCGCCCCCUCCGCCGAACGCAGUCGCUGCCGUCGCAGCACCAUAGUUACCGCGGCAAUCCUGGAUCUCUGCCGCCAAUCGUCCCCAUUGUGGUCAACAGCCAGUCGAAGUCGCAGACUGACGAGGACGAAGAUGAAGAGCCUGAAAUCUCCCGCACAUCUGCUAUCCUGCUGCUCCUGGGCUCCACCGCUCUGGUUGCCCUCUGCGCCGAGUUCAUGGUGGACUCCAUUGAUGGCAUCGUGGGCGGUUCAUCAGGUAUCUCUGAAACAUUUGUUGGUCUGAUUCUGCUGCCUAUUGUGGGCAACGCUGCAGAGCACGUCACCGCUGUGACUGUCGCGAUGAAGAACAAGAUGGACCUGGCCAUCGGCGUUGCCAUCGGCUCGUCUAUCCAGAUCGCCCUGUUCGUCACGCCUCUUGUCGUGAUCUUGGGUUGGAUCAUGAACAAGGACAUGAGUCUGUACUUUACGCUUUUUGAGACCAUCAGCAUGUUUGUCUCGGCCUUUAUUGUCAACUUUCUCGUCCUGGACGGCCGGUCGAACUACCUUGAGGGCAGCUUGCUGUGUGCUAGUUACAUCAUCAUCGCCCUCGCUGCGUUCUUCUAUCCGGACAGUGAUGAAGCGAGCUCUCUUGGUGGCGGAGAUUCGAACGCGACGGAGACUGCACAGGUCGUCACCAACUUGAUGACCCGAGGCAUGGCCAACUUGAUUGGAUGGCAAUAAUAACAACGGCCUCGGUUGUUUUGACCUUGACUGGAGCAUGUCUAGAAGGGGCGGAGUUCAGGUGGAAGUAACAGGUCAUAACCUACGAACUCGCAAAAUCCAUCUUGACAAAUUUUCAGUCCUCUCCAACUGGCAUGUACAUAUUCAAUGAAUUAGUCUGGCGGAGCACAAGAUAUCGCCUCAUAAGUGGGCAAGAAAGAGCAUACAACGUUUCUAGAACAGAACAGACAUGUUAAUGUAUGAAUAUGAUUUCCAAACC